CCGGGCCGGGCCGAGCCGAGGCGGGGCUGCGCUCCUUUAUCACCCGAGGCCGGGCCGCUCUUCUGAUACACACGGAUCUUAAGCGGGGUAGAAGCGGCCCAGACAGUUGUGCCAGCCUGCCCCAGGGAUGGAGUCCCUCCCUGAAGCAGUCCUGAUCCGAAUCCUGGCCUCCAUACCUGCGGUGGAGCUGGUGCUCGUGUGCCGCCUGGUCUGCUGCCAGUGGAAGAACCUGGUUGAUGGAGCUGCACUCUGGAUCCUGAAGUGUCAGCAGGAAGGCCUCACCAGAGCAGAGUCAGAUGCAGAGAACUGGCAAAACUUCUACUUCCUGAGUAAGAAAAGAAAGAAUCUCAUCAAGAACCCAUGUGGUGAAGAAGACUUGGAGCACUGGGGAGAGGUAGAGAAUGGAGGUGAUGGCUGGAAAAUUGAAGAGCUUCCAGGGGACUUUGGAAAAGAAUUUCCUAGUGAAGAAGUCCAUAAAUACUUUGUUACAUCUUAUGAGUGGUGUCGAAAGGCUCAGGUCAUUGACCUUAGGGCUGAGGGCUACUGGGAAGAGCUGAUGGAUACAACCCAGCCUAAAAUCACGGUAAGAGACUGGUACGCAGGACGCAGUGAUGCUGGCUGCCUCUAUGAGCUGUGUGUGAAGCUGCUCUCUGAAAAUGAGGAUGUGCUGGCUGAGUACAAAAGUGAGACUGUCACCAUCCCACAGGAUAAUGAUGCCAGCUGGACUGAGGUGAGUUACAGAUCUCCCACACCUUUUCCAGCUAUGGUCCUGGGGUCCGUUUUGUGCGCUUUGAACACGGUGGCCAGGACACGCUGUUCUGGAAGGGUUGGUAUGGGGUCCGUGUCACCAACAGCAGUGUGACAGUGGAGCCAUAGCUGUGCUUCACCAGGAUCUGCAUGCUGGAGCUGACUUCCCUCAGGGCAUCCCCUAGCCUCGGGAUGGUUUCUGCAUGGUGCUGCCCCUGGCUAUAGAGCAUAUGGCCUUUCUGCAUAGCAACAUACGUGCAAGAUGCCAGGAGCCACCACUCAUCCUUCCUCAAGGGGAACUAUGCAAAGAAUGUGAAUGAAUCUGUGAAUGCACAAGACUCAGCCUCACCACUUGCACUGAUGCUCUCUGUCAGACAGGAGAUCACCUAAAAAUCCUGCAGAUCUCCCCUCUUAAGUCUCUAAUCCUCUCAUCAGGUAUCUUUGCCUGCUUCCCUGACUUGGGCACUCCUUAACUUGAAGGGAUACUUGAAGUAUAUUUUCUGAAAGUCAUAGUGGGAAGAAAAAAUAAAG